UCAAGAUAAACAUUUAAAGUAUAUAUUCGCUAACGGACAAGGAAGUUAUCAUUUAAAAUGAGAGAUAGGGCAGUAUGAGAGGAUAAUGUUUUAUAAGAUGUGUUUUAGAUUGUGUGUUAUUCUGUUCUUUGGAAUGCAAUAUUCCACUUCUGCUGUGGUCAUUUAUGACAAUGAGAGAAGUAAUGUAACAUUACCAUGUAGUUCCAGUACGGAUUACCCAGCAUGGAAAGGACCUGAAGGAAUUUAUAAUUACCGAGGAAGUGCAAACUUUAAUCCUGCUCUCGGGGACAAAUCGAGCCGACUGUCAUGGGGGCAAAAUAAAAGGGAUCUUGUGAUAAGCAAUGUUGUAAGGAAAGAUGGAGGACAAUACUUUUGUAAUAGUUUACAGAUGAAUCUUUCUGUGAGAGUUCCACCAUCUGCACCAAAAGUGAUGGAAACUGAGCACAAAGACAAUGUAGGUUUGAUAGUCAGGGGUUCCGAGGCUGGUACGUUGACACUUAUCUGUCGUUCAAUUGGUGGCUUUCCAGACUCUGAUAUGGUUUGGAUGAAAGGAAGCACAAAUUUGCAGACGAUUAAAAAUGAAACAUACAUCAAUUCAAACGAAACAUAUGACAUCAUUGGAACUUAUACAUUCGAGCCUUCAUCAUCAGAUGAUGGAGUCCAAUUUAUAUGUAAGACAUUCUUUAAAAUAGGUCCAGACAAUGCACAACAGACGGAAGUCACCCUGUUUUUGAAAUUAACCGCUUGA